UAUAGUAUUUGUCACACUGUGGCAUAUCUUCGAAAAUAAACUAGCUAAAACCAAGCUCGAAGUAUAUUUAUUUAGUCAAAACACGAAGCAGUAAGUGUGAACUAAUAACCUGAAAAUGAUUGACUGUGAAUUAUGAAUGGGUUAGUAAAACGUGUUUUAUCUACAACCUUAUAUCUGGCUCUGUGGCUAAGCAUUGUAAAUAUGUUACCGAGCUCAAUCCGUGAAUACAGAUUGAUAGGUCCUUGAAGUAUUCGAGCUUGGGCAACGUCACACGUAACAUACGUUGUUCCAAAUACUAGCGGUCACUAAUGGGUUAUUCAAAUUACAAGUCAUACAAAAAAUAUGUAACAAUGCCCCAAAAAGUUAAACAUGUGACGUAUGAGCAGAUAUUUUCGCUGCACUUUUUUAUAAAUUUUCAUAUUAUGCAGUGAACAGGAAAUAAACAUGUUUUUUGUACAUACUACAGCUCUCAUCGCUAACAUUUCCACGUUUCUGACACGUAGUAACUAAGCGGAUAAAAACAACACGACGAUAGCCCAUCAUCAAACAUUGCGUAUGACAGCAUCAUGUCUAUAAAACAAAUGAGCGCAAUUUUGUUUAAUGCAUAAAUUAAACAUCGUGUAGUAUUCUUACUGUUGGUCUCUGGUAUUCUUGUAACACAGUGAGAGGCGAGCCUAGUCACUGUAUAUACAAGUAUGCCAGGAAUAAAUAUUAGCCAUACCUUACCUGCUGAUGAAGGGCUGGACGAUGUUUUCAUAGAAGAACAAUCCCACACCGAACCCUCGAUUAUUCUCCAGUGCGGAUCAACAACUUGUAAAGUUGGAAUUGCUGGCGAACCUUCGCCAUUAAUUCAUCAUUGUGUUGUUGGUGAAGCAUCUGAUAUGCGAAUGUUCCCACCGUGGUAUAAUAGUAUGUCAGUGCUAUCCGCCGCAUUUACAGACCUCCGCAGCUCCCAGCUUCGCUUUCCAUUUCACAGAGGAGUAAUCAACAACCUCGAAGACGCAGAGAAAGUGUGGACUUCAUCCUUGGAAUCGGUAACAAGGUCACAAGUAGAUAGGUCUGUGUUAGUGACUGGCAGCAUUAUAAACACUCAAUAUGGAAGAAGAUCUGUUCUGACACAUCUGUUUGAAAACCUCGACGUUGCUUCAGUUUGCAUAGCGUUCGAACCUCUCUUAAGUUUGCUCUCAAGAGGGAGAUCUACUGGUUUAGUUGUAAGAUGCGGUGGUGAACUAACAGAGGCGUAUCCAGUCAUAAGCGGAGUAAUUCAACAGCACCAUUGUGAGAGGACUAACCUAGCAGGGAAUGACGUCACUGAAUAUCUCAGAAGAAUUUUGCAUUUCGAAAAAGGCUACGAGUGGUGUCGUCUAGGUGAGCAAUUAAUCAUUGAAGACGUCAAGGAAACGAUGGCUCACGUAUCAUUAGAUUAUGAUGCAGAAAUGCAGCUGAGGCCCAGCCAUAGAACGUACCAGCUAAAUGACGGACAAACAAUACCUUUGGGGGAUGAGCUUUUUCGAUGCUCUGAAAUUUUAUUUCAACCAGAGUUACAGGGAAUUCGUUCUAAAAGUGUUGUGGAUGUGAUAGCUUUGGCUAUUUUAAACACAAACAUCGAACACAGAGCUGAACUUAUGAAUAAUAUUCAGCUGAUCGGCGGAGGAGUGAAGUUAAGGGGGUUUAAAGACCGUCUUUCUGCUGAGUUAGAUCGCAUUACUCCCCAAAGCAUCACACCUAACUUUGUACGUGACCGAGAAAACGCUGCUCAAAUAACAUCAUGGCUUGGAGGUUCCGCUUAUUCCGAGAUAUUUCGACACCCUAGUCAUUGGAUCACAAAAUUAGAAUACGAGGAAGAAGGUUAUUCAAGCUUCACCAGACGAUCUAAUAUCGAGUUUAUCUAAUUAUAUAUUUAUAACCGGAAUCAUCGCUUUGUUAUUAAAAAAAAUCAUGCUUUGUUAUUAAAAUUUUUAAAUUGUCACACUGUUUUUAUAAUACGCUACAAGUUUUUAAUUUAAAACUGCUCGAUUUAUAAUUUUUAAUUCAUGAUUAUGAGCAAAUGUAUCUCGCAACGUGGUCAUAAUGCCAGAAUAAACAACGUAUGCAAGAUAUUAACUUUAUUCUCCCACAAAUGAAAAACACAUUUCACCGAGAAUCUUUACACGAUACGUCACCGGACACACCGGUAGGCAAAAA